AUGUUCGGCUUCACAAAGAAGAACGAGAACUCAGUGAGCCGACGGGCAAGCGAUCUUCAAACGGCAAGCGAUCGAUAUCGAAUUGCGGACACGCCUAGGCUAACCUCAGUCAUGUCUGGAUUAGCGGAUUUGAUGAGUGGAAGGAAAAGAAGCCCAAGUCUACCAAGAAACUCUAAUUCUGACUCGAAUUCGAAUUUAACUAACAAGAGAAAACAAUCUGCACCAGCUGCUGGUGCGAGAGAUUUGGGAAUGGCUUUUGUACCGUUUGUUGAUGUUGCGAUGGCACACGCAAGAGGACCCAAGAAACAAGAGAGUCAGUCAGCUUCCCCAUCCCCUGUGGCGGCUAAACGGUUAGCUGAGGCGGCGACAGCGUUGGCUGCUCAAGCGGCUAAAGCACGACCAUUGACCGCACAAGUGGCACCGAUUCGGGUUCAGUAUUCGGAUGAAGGU